AUGGGACGAGGGAGACCGAAAAAACCGGUUCCUCCGCCUCCAACUUCCGAUGUGAAAACUACUCUGAUGAGCAAUCCAACUGCCAGUAAAACGGUGGUUGACCAGGCCAGUUCGAGUACUAGGGUUACAACUGUGGUUGAGAAAACCCCCUUUGUUCCUCCUUCCCCUAAUUCGGCGAAUCCUCCGAAUAAUGAAGGUAGAAAACUUUGGGUGGAUGUUCUAAAUGACAACCGCAACCCUAGAAAAGGAAGAUCUAUGAAGUAUGUGGCGCCAAAGGUGGUAGAUGGAAAUGUGGAAGUUGAGAUUGAGGUUUCGGACAUCGAAUCUGAGCUGAACUUCUGGGCAUCUGCUCUUAUACUCUAUGUUAUCGGCGGAGAUCUCAGCAUGAAUGCUUUGAAGAACUUCAUGAUUAAAUCCUGGAAUUUCGUUCCUCUUCCUGAUAUGUACUUUAAUGAGGAAGGAUAUUUCAUCCUCAGAUUCAAUUCUUUCAGUGAUAGGGACGAUGUGAUGAUGAAGGGCCCAUACACCAUCAGGAAUAUGCCUGUACUCCUUAGGGAAUGGAAUCCAGAUUUCAAACUCAAGGAGGAUUUCCUUCGUACUCUACCUCUAUGGAUAAAGUUGCCACAACUGCCUAUAUACCUGUGGGGAGAGACAAGUCUGAACAAGAUUGGGAGUGCCCUGGGCAUUCCUUUGGUAACGGACGAAUGCACAGCGAACAAGCUUAGAGUUUCCUAUGCGAGAAUCCUGGUGGAAAUGGACAUCACGAAAGAGCUUCCUGAGGAAAUUACAAUUCGUGAUAAAGAUGGGAAUAAGAUGCAACAAUCUAUUGAAUAUGAAUGGAAACCUUCAUAUUGCAAUAGAUGCCAUAAGCCGGGUCAUAACUGUAACCAACCAAAGACACAAGCCAAACAGUGGAAACCUAAAGCUAAACCUGCCGUGCCUGAAACUGCUGUAGUAAGUGAACACAAGGCUGAUAGGACUGAAGCUACUAACCCCCAGGAACCUGUGCUGAACCCUACUCCUAUGGAGAUGCCAAAGUGGAUUGAAGUUCCAAAGAGUGGUCGAGAUAGGGGUAAGAAACCUUUAAUUGAAAGUGAGUCUGAUUGCUUGUCCUGCCUGAAUGGUUUUGAUGCUUUGCAAGUUUUGAAUGACUUGCAAACGCUGAAAGAUACAGGACAAUGUUAG